AUGAGUCAAUUCUUUAAGUCCGGGAAAGCCUUUGAAGAAUGUCAGCUUGGAUCCAUCAACUUGACUGUGAUCAGUACGAGUCCUAGCAAGAAGGAUGAUGCCAUUGUACGUCUUCAGGCAGAUGCCUUUCUGGUUAGCCAUGACAAAGACAAAAUGCAGGCUGGUAUGGAGACAUUGGAUGGGAUCAUUGACACGGUCUCGGCGGUUCACGAUCUCGGACCAUUGAUUGGUUUAUUGAAGUCACAGGGGGUUCUUGUCCUGCUUGGUAUCCCCAACAAGCCGCUUGAAAUUCCAGCCUCUCUCUUGCUUUCGAGCAGGAAGGUGGUGGGAGGGAGUGCCAUUGGCGGCAUCGCGGAGACGCAAGAGAUGAUUGAUUUUGCUGCGAAUAACAAAAUAACUGCAGAUGUUGAGAUUAUACCAAUGGAGUAUGUGAACAUUGCAAUGGAGCGUCUAGCAAAGGGUGAUGUCAAGUUCCGAUUUGUAAUUGACAUUGCAAAUACUUUGAAGGCUACCUAG